AUGUCUCCGCAACUUACCGACAAACUUGUCAUGGCCCUUGACUUCGGUGAAACGCAUUCAUCUGUUUCUUACACCUUCGUGCCCGACGGAGUUCUAGCACAGAACUUGCCUCAAUUUCACCCCAAAACAGUGUUGAAUAACUUCUCUGGGAUGACUGAUUGUAGAGAAAGUUCGUCGCAUUUGCAAGUCCCGAGCCUGCUUCGGUAUCCCACGGGCUGGAUUUUCCAACCGCUCGACGAACUCAGGGAAGAACCACUUGGCACCAUCCGCUCUGACCAUCACCAGAUACACUGGGGCUUGCAAGCCCAGCAAGACAUGUCCAGAGUGAUGUCUCACUCUGACGAUAAUCAGAUGCUUCUUCACGGUUUUAAAAGCCUUAUGACCGAGUCAGGCCACCACCAGAUGCAGAACGAACGUCUAACUAAAACGCUUGCCCGACUAUCCAAGAAAAGGACUUGUCAAAGGGAGAUUUCCACUCACGAGAUGCUCCUCUUGGUAGUUAUCGACUACCUCACGAAACUGCUCUCCCAUGCCAAGAACAGUAUCGCAAACAGCAAUACUAUUUCUACCACAGAGAUGGUCAUCUGCGUCCCGGCAUCCUGGAAGCAAAGGGUACUGCGUGACAUGCAAACUUGUGUUAAUAUAGCCAUGAAGCGGGUCAACUUCCCCGGGGUUGGAUUUAGGGACGGUUGGAUGGAGAAUGUAUUCAUGAUACCAGAGCCAGAAGCUGCGGCGACACGGCUGCUCUCCGACCCAUCUUUCAUCAAAGAAGGGGAUGUUUUCACGAUCCUGGAUGCCGGAGGAGCCACCUGUGAUGCCGUGACGUAUACUGUUACGCAACAGCUGCCUCUCAGGCUGUCCAGGCAGGCCGUGCAUCAUAGCGGCGAUUCAUGUGGCUCCAAUGCACUGAAUGAUGCAUUCCAGGAUCUGCUACGGAGUUUGCUCGUAGGCCACGAGUAUCUGAACGAGGGCGGGGCAACCUUAGAGGGCCACAUCUGCAAAUUAGCUGUUCAUGACUUUGAACACUUUAUCAAACCCAUAUGGUCUGCCACAGAGGAUCAAAACAGAGACCAGGUGUUCGAGAUCAUUGGGCUUAAAUUUGAUGCUGGCGAUCCCGCCCAGGCAGAGAACCCUCAGCUGUGGCAACCCAACCGCUUGACAAUUCGAUCCGAGUAUGUGGAUGGUAUUUACAAAAAAGUUUGCGAAAACGUAUCUGCCAUUAUGAACCAGCAAUUGCAUGCCUCAGCCCGGAGCGGCCUGCAAAAAAUUGUGUUGGCCGGUGGAUUCGGGGAAUCGAUUCCUCUACAGAGCCAUCUACGUGAAACUCUCGAGAGUUUUAAUCUUGCCAACGAUUGCAAUGUACAACUUCAUUCUUUUGGCGAGCAUCAUCAGAUCACUACAAUUGAUGCCGUUUCCUUGGGGGGCGUCUUCAGGGCACUCGAUAAGUCGAAUGGCCCCACUAGAGUUGCAACAUCUAGUUAUGGCAUACGAUGCGACGAACCGUUCGAGUAUUCGAAGCAUGCGGGACAACGGGCAAUCCAGGGCUUCCAGAACAAACAGGAGCUCUUUGGUCAAGACAUCCCGCCAUCGUUCAAGAUAUCUGCCCCGCGUUACCAAACGUUCCCUUUCUGGAAUGGCGAUACAAUCAACCAUGGGCCCUUCAUUUGCCAAGACGAGAUAUGGGUAUCGGAUGAGGCCUACCUUAACAACCACAGUUAUCUACAUGAGCAUAAUAAAGAUGCUGAGAUGAUAGGCAUCCUCAAGACGGAUGUCACACGCCUACACAAGCUCUUUGUGCUUGAGCCUAAGGGUGCGCAACGUCCUCGUAACAAAGAUAUGUACUGGUCAUUCCAUUAUCAGUUGGUCUUGACUAUCGACGGCUUAAACAUGAAAUGUGUUCAAGUUUUCGAAGGGCAGCACAUUGGAGAAAUGAAUGUGGGCAUCGCUCCAGGAUUCGCACCAGGGGCCAAUUGA